ACGAUGUCGCUUCUGGCGAUCAGUACUGGCAGAAACUCUGGGAACGUUCAUGUUGGUGACUGUGGUAUUGGGAUCCUCCUGCCUUGGCUUGAGAGUAUCUCGAUCAGAUUCCCUCCUUCCAGCACUGGCUGCAGGGUUGACAGUUGUGAGUCUGGUGCAGUGUUUUGGGGAGAUAAGUGGUGCUCAGUUAAAUCCAGCUAUUACAUUUGCCCUGGUGUGUGCACGGAAGCUGGACUUACUCCAUGGAAUGGCUUUUGCUGUGGCCCAAUGUGUUGGUGCUACAUGCGCCUCUGCUCUUUUCUACUUGUGUAUGCCGUCGUCUGUCUGCAAUCAGCUGGUCACCAGAGUGAGUAGUGAAGGGAAUGCUGGACAAGCUUUGGCUAUGGAAAUUUUCGCUACUUUUCAACUUGCUUUCACAAUCUUUGCUGUGGAUGAUCGCCGGCGGAGAGAUAUAACAGAACCAGGAAGUCUUGCCAUUGGUUUCUCUGUCACUGCUGGGGCGUUAACAGCGGUAAGAAUGACUUAUAUAGGCAGAGUUGUCUGUAGGGUGUGCCAGCAAAAGGAACUGUUCUGGUUCCUGUUCCAGAAAGUAUUUAACAGCACCUGUGCAGGAAAUGCAACAGUAGCUAUAAUGGCGGUUAAUAUAUUGACCUCUGUAAAGGGACUGUUAUUCUCUUUUUCAAUAAAUUGUAUUGGUUUUCAAGAUUUUAAAACAUAAAAUGGAUAAACAAUAUGAUAGGAUUUAAAUACAAACAGUAUAUUUCGAAUAAUUCCAAUGUACAUUACAAAAUCAUGUACAUGUGCUUAUAAGGGACUGUAAUUCUCAUAUGGCAGUCAUAGCAGGUUGCAAUGGUGCCUGUAGCACCAGAGGGGAUAAUAACCUCUAGGAAUGGAUUGUGACUUUGGGAUAGCAGGUAUAGUAGGGAGAGAUGGUGCCUAUAGUAGCAGUGGAGAUA